AUGGCCCUCCAGCAGCAGCUCCAGGAGCAUCUCGACACAGCCUUGGGACUCUUCCGUGAAUACUCUGAAAAGGCCGCUGUAGAAGGCCAGAAGCUCAUCGCCAAUGCGCCUCAGCAUUUCCAAGACGUCAGCGAGAAAGUGAACGCCGAAAGUCACAAGCUCUGGGAGUCGAUCCCACUCCACCACCGCAGCACAAUCGAACAAUAUGCCGGUCAAGCUCGACCCGGUUCGCUCAAAAUCACAUUGACCGGGCAGAUCAUCUUUGCAGCACUCAUCGGCCUGCUCUCACUCACCAUCUACCUCAAAUGGACCCCCAAGCAGAUCCAUGAUCCCCGGAAAAACCUCGCCGCUGGCGGCCCUGCCUCCCUGCCCGUCGAGCACGAAGAUGCCCCGCCGAUUCCUCCUCCGACGGAGGUUGUCGCACUAUACGUCUACCCGAUCAAGUCCUGCCGCGGCUUCCAAGUGAACUCCACCAGACUCCGCAAGUCCGGCCUGACGCUCGACCGCAACUGGAUGUUCAUCGACGCGAAGACCCGCAACUUCCUCACCAUCCGGAGCGAUCCCAACAUGACCCUGAUCAACACAUCACUCGUUCCGGACCCAAAGGCCGCGCCCAACACGCCCCAAUCCGAACUCCUCCGAAUCUCCGUCCACGGCUCCAAAGAAGACACCGUCACCAUCCCGGCCUACCCCACCCGCCCCUGGCUCGAGAAAAACACCGCCCUCGGCACCGCCACAAUCUGGGAAGAACCCACCGAAGUCUGGGACUACCCCGAGACCAUCAACGCCCUCUUCUCCAAAUUCUUCUCCAAGCCCGUCCUUCUCGUCUACAAGGGCCCCUCGGCCCGACCCUGCAGCGUCAACGGCAGACCUGAACUCUACGGCUCCUCGGUGCCACACCACUUCGCCGACGUGAUGAGCCUGACCAUCGCCUCGGCGGCCUCCAUCGCCGACCUGAACAAGCGUCUCGGCCGCAAGGGCCCCGACGCCUUCACCAUCGAGCGCUUCCGGCCCAACAUCGUGGUCCGCGGGGACCCCGCCGCGCCCUGGGAGGAAGACACCUGGAAACGCAUCCGCAUCUCCACCGUGCUGCGGGACGUCGAGGCGCUCUACAAGAUCGACCUCGACGUCGUCGCCCGCUGCGCCCGCUGCCAGGUCCCCAACGUCGACCCCGACACGGCGGACAAACAUCCGAAGGAGCCCUGGGGCACGCUGAUGGGAUUCCGACGCGUGGAUGAGGGCGGCGCGGCCAAGUACAAGCCGUGUUUUGGAAUGCUGUGCAUCCCGCGCAAUGAGGGCGUUGUCCAGGUCGGGGCGAAGUUGGAGGUGCUGGAGACGACGGGGCGGCAUUUGUAUAACGUGAGGGCUUUUGCGGAUCUUUGA